AUGACUACGGCAUCUCGUGUCUUUCAUCAUGCCCCUCGGCCUAUUUCCUCCUCCGAGUUUAAAGAUGCCGUCGACGCAGUAUGUCGUCCCCGGUUUCCAACCGCCCGCUUUGCCAGGCCACAGCGGAUAAUGCUGGCUAUUAGUGGUGGUGUAGACUCAAUGGCUCUUGCCUUCCUCAUGUCCAAGUUUGUUCGUACAUACAGAGGCUCCAAAAUUGCAGACAACCCUGUUCAAGGUGCUACGGCUGUUGUCAUUGACCACAAACUUCGUGACGGAAGUGAUCUAGAAGCAUUAAACGUGGUCAAAGAACUGCGCAAGCUCGACAUGAAAGCCAAUGUUGCGCCCCUUGCUUGGAAGGAUGAAAAGAGUGCUGGUCUCGAUCCCCGUACGCUUCCCAAUGUUGAAGGUCUCGCCCGUACCUACCGAUAUCGCACCCUCGGUCGUAUCUGCGCUUAUUUUGGGACGAAUAGUCUUUUCUUUGCCCAUCAUCGAGAUGAUCAAUACGAGACGGUACUUAUGCGACUACUCGGUGGGCAUGGCUAUCGAGGUCUUCAGGGUAUAAGGGAGGCAAAUUCGAUACCCGAAUGCUACGACUUGCACGGUGUUUACAAGAGCGGUCUUCUCGACGACCAGCUCAAAGCAAACCCAGCACUCAGCUUUCGACCUCCUUCGCGCGAAAUGAAGCGACUGAAGAGGGCUUUCCGUCGCGAGUUGGCCCUCGAAACAUCUUCUCUCACGGCCGAUUUUCCUGGCCUAGUCGACUCAUACCCAAGGCCGCCCGAGACCGAAGAGACAUCAGACGAUGUCCCUUACCUUAAACCUUUGGAAGUUGAAGAUGGCGGUGUCAUGAUAUAUCGACCUCUUCUAGAAUUCGACAAGGAUAGGCUUAUCGCGACGUGCGAAGCGAACGGGAUCUCUUGGGUAGAAGACCAAACGAAUAAAGAUCCCACAUUGACAACAAGGAAUGCUAUCAGACAUCUGGUUCGAAAUCAUGAGCUGCCCAAGGCUUUACAGAAGCCUGCUAUCCUGUCUUUGGCCAAGAGGUGCAAACAGAGAACCAAGUUAGAGGAAGAUGAGGCAAAACGUUAUCUUGUUCGGGAAGCCGUUGUGAGGGACUUUGACCCAAAUGCAGGGACCUUGCUGGUCCAGUUCCCUACACGUCGCACGUCUAAUAGACGACGCAAGGGGCGUUCAUCUGAAAAAGAGAGCAAGCUGCGCAAGGAGCACCAAAGGAUCAUUAUGAGCAUCGCAGUUCGCAAGCUGAUUGAUUUUGUCACUCCCGAAUACCAUUUACCGCCUCUUGCGAACCUCGAAAAUGUCGUCAACAAGCUCGUUCCCGGUAUGGCGCCCAAAAGCAACUCGACCCCAAAAGCAUUCACCACAGCUGGUGUGUAUUUUGAUCCGAUUGUAAAGGAGGGGUCCGUCAAAUGGCUUCUCUCCAGAACACCCUACACGUCGACUCAGGCUCUUCCUUCAGCAAAACUUUACUGGCCGAGAACGAAACUCUCUUCUGCUCCUGACUUCAACAACGAAGACUCGAUCGAUAGUACCUCUACAUUUCGACAUAACGGGUGGUUAAAAUCCAAGAUGUUCGACGGCCGUUUCUGGGUGCGACUUGGACUCAAUAGGCGACCUAUGUGGCAGAUUACCCCUUACCGUGCGGAACACGCAAAAGCGUUCCGCAAUGCUCUAUCACCGUCCGGGAAAGCUCGACUUGAAAAGCUGCUCAAGCAUUACGCGCCUGGAAAGAUCCGUUAUGCACUACCAGCCAUCUACAUUGUUGAAAAAAAACAAGACCCGUACUCAACACAUAUGACCACACAAUUGACGCUAGUCGCACUCCCGACACUUGGAAUUCAUGUACCUGGCCUUGAGCGAUGGGUCAAAUACGAUGUGAGAUAUAAGAAAGUUGACAUCACGCUUUUGGGACAUCAGCCUCGAAGGAAGGAGAGGAAUCUGGUCAAGUAUCAACCGCUGUUCGGACCAGCGCAUAAGAGCAGGCUACGCCUGAUGGGCAAAUUUGGACCACAGUGA